UUACUUUCGGGUGGUUUAGCUGGAACGAUAGCUUCGUGUUUGACGAAUCCUCUUGAAGUCAUCAAAACGCAGCUUCAAUCUUCAAGCACGGCGGCGGGAGACAUGGUUGCUGGUCGGGGACAUCCCGUUGCCAUCGCAAAACGCAUCAUGGAGCAGGAUGGUGUUUCAGGCUUUUUCCGCGGCUUACCUCCGACCUUAGUGGGCAUAAUACCUUCCAGAUCAGCCUACUUCUAUUCCUAUCAACAAAUUAAGAAACGCCUCGGUCCGUAUCUUCCUGAAGGAUCACCACCGAAUGCGAUGUUGGCGGGCUUCAUGGCAGGUAUUACAAGCAAUACGUUGACAAAUCCAAUUUGGAUGGUUCGUACGCGAAUGCAGCUCUUGGCAGACACGACCGCAGGUCAACGAGCGUAUAAUGGCUACGGCGACGCAAUCUCGACCAUUUGGAGAGAAGACGGGUUGAAAGGCUUCUAUAAGGGAAUCCAGGCCUCGUAUUGGGGUUGCGCGGAAGGCGCGGUGCAGUUCAUCCUGUAUGAGCAGUUCAAAACGAGACUUUUAGGUCGUCUUAACGCCCAGCGGGCUGAGUGUGGACUGCCAGCAACCGAGGAACUUCCUAAGAUGACUUACUUUUGGUCAGCUGCCGCGGCAAAAAUGUGUGCUUCCAUUGCCACCUACCCCCAUGAAGUAGCACGCACGCGAAUGCGUGAGCAAGCUCGUGGAGGAAUCUACAAAUAUAAGAGUAUGUGGCAGUCGCUGGCAGUCAUCAGUCAAGAAGAAGGAAUGAAAGGAUUGUACAGUGGUAUGGGCGUACAUCUGCUGAAGGUAGUGCCGAACUCGGCGUUUAUGUUUCUCACAUACGAGGUGGUGCGCAGCUGGCUCAGUGAAUUUACUGUUGUAGAUUAG